CAGAGUUUGUGGUAAGCAGUUUGAUCAGUUGCUGGUUGGCAAAAGAUAGAAUAUUUCUAUUAAACAUAUUCAGUAUUCAAUAUCCAUGUCACAAACAAAUCCAUUGUUUAUAACCGAGCAUGGUAUUUAAAUAUAUUGCUUUGUGAAGACUAUCGGAGAUGAUCCGGAUGACUGUACUCGGGAUUCUCUGCUGGGUUCAUGCAGCUGCUGCAGGAACUCACUCACUGCAGUUUUUUGGAAUGGCGACCUCAGAAGGGACUAAUCUUUCACAGUAUGUGUAUGUGGGGAUGCUGGAUGAUGUGCAAUACGCGUCCUUUAACAGCACCAUGGAUAAACCUGUCCUCCGAACAGACUGGAUGAAUAAGAUUAAGGGUCGUGAGUUCUGGGAAAACCGUAGCAGGUAUAUUCUCUGUAAUCAACAAAUCUUAAAAUGGAGUUUGAUAAAUACAGUCCAGCACUUCAACCAUAUUGGAGUUCACACUUUCCAGAACGCGGGUGGCUGUGAGCUGGAUGAUGACGGGACCAAGCGGGCAUAUUUGAAUCAUGCGUAUGAUGGGAAGGAUUUUAUUAGUCUUGAUGUUGAUACCAUGACCUGGGUCGCUGCUGUGCCGCAGGCUGUCUUCUAUAAACACAAGCGAGAAGCUGACAAAGCCCAGCAACAGAUCACUUUCAAGUUUUUUGAAGACGAUUGUUUCCAGUCGCUUCAGUGGUACAUCCAGUAUGGGAUGGAGACCCUGCAGAGGAAAGUCCGCCCUGAAGUGACGCUGAUACAGAGGAAAGCGCAGGAAUCUGCAGGAACGGACGUCAUUUGCCACGUGACGGGGUUCUACCCCCGAGAGGUUGAGGUGAACUGGAUCAGAGACGGUGAGGCUGUGCUGGAGGAGGGGGUGUGGAGUGGAGAGGUGCUACCCAACGGGGACACAACCUACCAGCUGAGAAAGAUCCUGACAGUGAGUCCUGAGGACCAGAAGAAACACAGCUACUCCUGCCAGAUGGAGCACACCAGUCUGGAUGAGAAGAUGGAUGUGAAAUGGGUUCCAGAGGCUGCUCUCAACAUGGGGUUUGUUGCUGCUGGUGUGCUGGCUGCUCUGGGUCUGAUCAUCGCAGUGAUCAUAGGAUCUCUCAUCUGGAAGAAAAGAGCAUCAGGUGCCGGGAGCCCUGACUACACACCAGCGCAGACAAAGGAACAAAGUGAUGCUUCAUCUAACUCAUCCAACUCCACCAACAAUGACAGGUGUGACCCCAUUGCAGAGAAGCUGAUGACACAGACAGAAUAAACGACUCAGCUGAGGCUUCAUCUUUUACACUUCAUUGUGCCUGAUGUUACCACACAGAGCAAUCGCACAAACCAAUAGACAAGGAAGCUGUGUGGCAGCCAUCUAUGUCAAUUUAAAAAUGUGAAUUCAUUUGUAGAAUUAUUUUAUGUCAUGUAUUAUUAUUUUACGGAAGUGUUGAAAUGUACAGAAGAUGUUCACUUUUCAGUGUACCUGUAAUAUUUCUGUAAACAGUAAAUGUAUAUAUUAGUGUCACUUCUUUAACUUCUUUCAGUCUAAAAUAAUGUAAUGAGUCAAACUCUCUGAAAAAAACAUUCAUUAAAUAACUCAAGUAAAGCUUUCUGAGGAGCAUCUUCAAAUGUGAUCAAGAGUAUCAUGUGAAGCAUAAAUGUGUUUGUGAAGGCUGGGAGCCCCGCACAUGAAAAGAGGGCAGGGCAGAGCCCUGUGUAAAAUGUACUUGUUUUGUAUUUUGCUUUAAAUGUAUUAUUUGUUUAUUUUAGAACAGGGUACCCCUCCGCUCCUGUGCAGUUUAUCAUUUUAGAACCGGGUUACCCCUCUGCCCCUGUGCAAUUUAUUAUUCUGUAUUUGUUUUGUGGUGUUAUUAUUAUUAUUAGUAUUAUUAUUAGUAUUAUUAUUAUUAUUAUUAUUAUUAGUAGUAGUAUUAUUAUUAGUAUUAUUAUUAUUAUUAUGGUGAGUUAUUAUUAUUAUUAUUAUUAUUGUGGUGUUUUAUUAUUUGUAAAUGUGACGGUGAAGAGUCGUAGGUUUUGUUUGGCAGCGUGGAUGGGAGGCCCCAUCCACAAUUUUACAACCUCGUGGUAAUGUGUGGCUGUCGCUAGUGCGUUGUUAAACUAGCCGGCAGUCACACGUAAUUAAUAAACUGGUGCAGAUUGUGGCUGAGGGGUAAUAGAAUCAUUACUAGCUAGUUAAACCCCUCGGCACGGUAUAUAAACCUGCAGCGCUCUCAGUUGGGGGUGGAGAGUAGUGGGGAGAAUGCGAGCGAGAGAAGGCGUCUGAAAACAAAAGAAACUAAGAAACCAAGGAUCAGUGAAGGCUGCUGCCCAGCCUGACUUGUAUUCCUCAGUGUUGGUGAUGUUGUUUUGUUUGAUUUAUUUUACUCUGUGUGUUUAUUCUUGUUAUUUAAAUAAACGGCGCUGCAGCGUCUUUGUGCACUGCAGUAUUUCUCCUU